UCCACGCCCUAGAGGAGACACACCGACAGACGCAGCCUGGGCAAUAUUAACAGACACACUGUUCUCCUCUCUUAUACCAGCCAGUGGAUACAGGCACUUUGUUCACAACGCAAGCAUGUCCGACAAGCCAGACCUCACAGAGAUUGCCAGGUUUGACAAAACCAAGCUGAAGAAGACAGAAACAAAAGAGAAGAACCCUCUACCCACCAAAGAGACUAUAGAGCAGGAAAGGAAAGGAGAUGCCACCCCAUGAUCAGACAGGGAUGGAGAGGACAAGCACACAAGAUAUUCUUCGGAAAUGACGAUAUUACAAUUCCUUUUUCUGUUUUAAGGGUUCUAUUGCCCCAUGUGAUGCAUGGUUACUAUGGUGAUUGGAGUCACUGGGGCCUAUGAUUGGGAGAGUGAUGAUGGGGGUGACAUGAGACAGGGUUUAACAAAAAGAUAUUUUAUAAAAUUAUUAUUAUUAUUUUAUGUGUUUCUUUUUGGAAAUAAAGACAAAUGAUAUUCAAAACAAAUAAAAUGCCAAAAAUGA